AUGGUGAUUUUAGACCUUUUUCUCCAGUCCUCCAUUUCUGUCUCCUUCCUGGGGGGACUUGUGGUCCUCCUGCUCAUCUACCUUGUCUCCUCAUUCAGAUUUAGCCUCCAGGAGGAUAGAAAAGAUCCUCCAGGGCCAAAACCACUUCCUCUGCUCGGGAACCUGCUGCAGCUUGACCUCGCAAGACCCUACAAGACAUUACUGGAGCUUUCCAAGAAAUAUGGAUCAGUGUUCACCGUCUAUUUUGGACCCAAACAAGUGGUGGUCCUGGCUGGAUACAAGACAGUGAAAGAGGCUCUUGUCAAUCAUGCUGAAGAGUUUGGAGACAGAGAUUCAGUACAAAUAAUGGAUGACAGUAGUCAAGGCCAUGGGGUUUUAUGGUCCAAUGGAGAUUCAUGGAAAGAGAUGAGACGCUUUGCCUUGGCAAACCUGAGAGAUUUUGGGAUGGGCAAGAAGGUGUGUGAGGACAAGAUCAUUGAGGAAUGUGACUACCUCAUUGAAGUGUUCAAGGAAUUUAAAGGAGAAGCUUUUGAUACGACUCAACCAAUGAACCGUGCAGUGUCUAAUAUUAUCUGCUCCAUUGUAUAUGGGAGCAGAUUUGAAUAUGAUGACCCAGAGUUUAUGUCCCUUGUCUAUCGCACAAACAGAAAUAUUCAACUUGCGGCCUCUCCGUCAAUACAGAUGUAUAACCUGUUUCCAUGGAUCGGUGGAUGGAUAAAGACCAAGAAGGAAAUCCUGAAGUCAUUUUCUGCCAACAAGCAACAGAACUCACGACUGUUCAAUCGUUUGAAGGAGACCCUCAAUCCCCAGAUGUGCAGAGGCCUUGUGGAUGCCUUUCUGGUCCGAAUGCAAGAUCUGGAGAAAUCUGGGAUCAACAGUCACUUCCACAUUGACAACCUAAUGUUGACAGUUUUGAAUCUCUUUGCUGCCGGCACUGACACAACAGCAACUACACUGAGAUGGGCACUUCUGCUUAUGGUCAAGUAUCCAAAAAUACAGGACCAGGUCCAGGAGGAGCUGAGCAGGGUGAUAGGAAGUCGUCAGGUUCGUCUCGAGGACAGGAAGAACCUGUCCUUCAUUGACGCUGUCAUCCAUGAGACACAGAGACUGGCCAGCAUCGUUCCCAUGUCACUUCCUCACAAAACAAGCAAAGACAUCACCUUCCAGGGUCACUUUAUUAAGAAGGGGACUGCAGUGUGUCCUCUCUUGGCAUCUGUUCUGUAUGAUGAGAGUGAGUGGGAGAAGCCGCACAGCUUUUAUCCUGCCCACUUCCUGGACAAAGAUGGAAAGUUUGUCAAGCGAGAUGCCUUCAUGCCUUUUUCUGCAGGUCGCAGGGUUUGUCUCGGAGAGAGUCUGGCCAGGAUGGAGCUCUUCAUCUUCUUCACCACCCUCAUGCAACACUUUCGCUUCACUCCUCCACCUGGAGUUUCGGAGGAUGAAAUGGAUCUGAGUCCACGCGUGGGCUUCACACUCAACCCUUCAUCUCAUAAACUGUGUGCUGUUUCCUGUAUGUGA